AUGGCGCCACCGACUCCAUUCAAAGCAAGGUAUGAUCCGGAGCUCAAGAAGCAUGUCGUCGAAGUUCGUUCUAAGGAUACCGGAGAGAUCAUGAAGUUCACCUACAACCUCAAGUUCAAGACUUUCGAAGCUGCCGGUGACCCAAUUCGCGUUUAUGAACGUGACCUUAUUCCAAUCUACCAAAAGGACUGCGAACGUCAUAUCACAAUCUGGUUCUGUCGUAACAACAAGUAUGGUGGAAAGGUGUACAAGUACACGGCACGCGAUAUGACCAACCCAUGGACUCGUGUCCAAUGUCUCUGCUGCGACUUCGUCGAGGCUGACAACAAGGUCGAUCCGGAUGCCCAACUGUUGGCUGGAAUGAAUCUGGAUGAGAUGGUUGAUGACUCCGACUUCAGCUAUCUCUGGAUUCAACCAGUCUUCUCCAAGUUCUGUGAGGUGACUUCGAAGAUGGCGGUUUUCGCUUCCGUCUUCCCUGACGUCUCGCGUCUUGUUGUUUUCAACUUCGACGCUGGCAACCAAAAGUUUGUCAGAUCUAUCUGCGAUGCUGACUGCUGCAUGGAGAUUCGAAACUGGGAUGGCAUUUCUCCAGCUGCCUUCGACUUCGGAUCUCAAGGUCAACACUACUCAAGAACUCAUCGUGACCAAAUGGGACGUCGUUUGAUGGCUCUUGACAUCACCUGGUACAACACCGAGCAUGGGAGAAUCGAGCAUUUCGUUGAUUCGGACGGAGAUAUCGGAAAGUAUGAGUGGAACGAGGCAUGUGAAUGUCAUGACUUGGUUGAACAGUUGGAAGUGAGAACUAUGAGCCAUCGCUAUCCAAGUGAAAUCGAACAUGAGACCGCUGAAGUUUUGUAUGACAAUGAACUUUAUCUUCUGAACACUAAGAACUGUUCUUCUCUUCGUGAUAAGAUCUAUUUCUGCUGGCAUAUCAAUGAUGGAGAGACUCAGAAGUACGUUUUCGAUUCCACCAAUCUCCAAUUUGCUCUUGUAAAAUGCCCAUGCUGUACAUACUCAUACGACGACUUCAAUCCCAUGUCCAAUCCAAUUGCCACGUAUUCAUGUGCCGCGAACAAUACCCAGUCAGCAUCCAUAAGAGUACGAGAAAGGGAACCCUCGAGAACAUUUGAUCACACACAAUCAGGAGCUUAUUGUCAUGAAGCCGUCGCCGAUUCGCAUUGA